AUGGAACUCGAACACGGAAAUAUUCUAUGCGUAUCAUCAAAUACAGAAGUUGUCUUUUGUAAACAUUCGUUGAAUUGUAAUUCCUCUGAAAAUACAAAUGCAUCAACAAAUCAAAAUGAAAUUAAUGGCUUUGGUCUCACAAUUUUCAAGGAAAUCUAUUAUACAACAAAGAAAAUCAAUAUCAAUCAACUUUCAUCUGUCUGGUGUCUUUUAAAUCCUUCUGAAAGAUUAAAGACAUUCAGAAAUGAUAAAAACUAUGAUCAGAUUCUAUUACAACAAGAUCAAAAUGUUACUUUGGCUUUUGGUUCCCUUAUUUCAUCUAGCCAAUUUAAAUGUGCAGCAUCAAAAUUUUGUUUUACAAAAGGACCAAAUUCAAUAUGGAAUCUAUAUUUUGCAAAAUAUAAUUCGUUUCUAUCCAUUAAUACAGAAUUUAUUAAAUUUCAAUUAAAACGCGAUCACAUCGACAUUCAUCGUGGUGUUAUCAUCAGUGCAAGAUCUAGUCAUGACUUCAUAAUGCAUGUUUGUCUGCGAGGGAAUCUCGAAGAAUAUACAUCCAAAAAUCGACAACUUGUCAAUGAUGAUAUCUUGAAUAAUAAUAUGUUUUAUUUAUUAAAUGGAAAUAAUAAUGAUGAUGAUUUUGUUUAUUAUAUAUUCGAACGACUGCGACGAUUGACAUUGUCUUCAGAAAAUUAUUUUCUUCAACUUCUACAUGAAUUGCCUACUAUUCGAAAUAAUUAUUAUGAUUCUUAUCUUCAUAGUACUUUUUAUCAGAUGGAUAUGGUUUGGACUAAAUAUGUUCGUAUUCCAUGGUUUUGUUUUACACCAACACGUCUUAUUAUUAAACCAUUUAAGUUUAUGCGAUCAAAUCGAGUUUUUCGAUAUAUCUCUAAUGUAACUCAAUCAAUGGCUUUUGUAGAAUUUCGUGAUGAUACAGGAUCUGCAUCUUUAUCAAAAGAACUUGUUCCUUUCUUACAACAUUAUCUUCAAAAUGGAUUCUGGUUUGCUGAUCGUCAUUAUAUUUAUUUACAUCAUGCUCAAUCUCAAAUACGUCAGAAACAAUUUUAUUUUUAUUGCGAACAUGAAGGUAAUAUGACUCGCGAAGCACUUGAAGCUUGGAUGGGCAAUUUUGAUAGGGAAAAAUUACCAGCGAAAAAUACUGCUCGACGAACACAACCAUUCUCUAGUACAGAAGCUACUAUUGAAAUUGAUAAAAAACUCGUUGGCUUGAUUCCUGACUUGAAGACAACAGAUGGAAAAUAUAACUUUACUGAUGGUGUUGGACAGAUUUCAUCAGAACUAAAUCUAUUGAUCCAUGAAUCAAUUGGUAAAAAUGUUAAUGAUGGCGAUUAUAUUUCCAGUGUUCUUCAAAUUCGCUAUGGAGGUUGUAAAGGUACUAUUGCUGUUAAUCCACUGCUUGAUGGAAAAGAAAAACAAUUAUUAAUUCGACCAAGUAUGAAUAAAUUUGAAUGUGAACAUCAAAUGCUUGAAUUAUGCAAACGUUCACUUAGACGUCAUUUAUGUUUGAAUCGUGAAGUGAUUAACUUACUUUCAUAUCGUGGUAUAUCUAAUGCACAUAUUCUUGUCGUUCAACUUCGAAAUAUCUUAUGGCUAAUGGCUUCUUUUGUUUCGAAUCAAUCAGCUUUGUAUGUUCUUCGUGAAAGAGUUCUCCAUGUUUUACCAUGGUCGAAAAUUUCUUUUUAUUCACAUUUAUCAAAAGAACCAUUUUUUCAUCAUCUUCUUCUUACAACUGUCAAAAAUAAUCUUUGCCAAAUAAUAACAAGAGCUCAUAUACGUGUUUCGAAAGCACGUUAUAUGUUUGGAACAGUCGAUGAAUAUAAAGUACUCAAAGAAGGACAAGUUUUCGUUCAAAUUACCAAUGAAUAUGGAAGUAAAACUGUUUUGGAAGGGCCUAUUGCUAUUACCAAAAAUCCUUGUCAUCAUCCAGGAGAUUUACGUGUUCUAGAAGCUGUCAACAAUAGUUAUCUUCACCAUCUCUAUGAUGUUCUUGUCUUUCCUCAGCAAGGUUCUAGACCACAUGCAAAUGAAAUAUCUGGAUCAGAUCUUGAUGGCGAUGAAUAUAGUGUCAUUUGGAAUUCUGAACUCGUACCUACUUCACCCAAUCCAAUUCCAUAUGAUUAUGAUUCUGGACCAAGUCCAAAGCCUCUCAAUCGGGUAGUAACACGUAAUGAUAGAUUAAAAGUUAUAUCAGAUAUAUGUGAACAAGACAAUCUAGGUCGAUUAAGUAAUAUUCAUCUCGUACUUGCCGAUAAGUUUGGUAUCGACCAUGAAAAAGCGAUUAAUUUAGCUGCUGGAAUAAGUCAAGAACUAGACAGUGUCAAAUCAAGUCAACAUCCUUAUACAUCAGAACAAAUUAAACAAAUAAUUUUAACAGCUGAUAAAACUCGUCCAGAUUUUAUGCAAGCAUCUGGUUAUAAAGAGUAUCAAUCGGAAAAAAUACUUGGAAAACUAUUUCGAAGCGCUCGUCGUUUAUCUGAUACUUUUAAAAAUUUAUUUCUUAAUAAUAACAACGAAAUUUUUCUUGAUAAAAAUCUUCUUCACAAUGGUUAUGAAGAAUAUAUUGAUUCUGCUCAAAAUCUUUAUAAACAAUAUCAAUAUGAAAUGUUGGAAAUUAUUGGAUCAUAUGGAUUUUCAAAUGAAAUUGAUCUUUUUUGUUGUAUUGAUUCACAUAACAUGAAAGCCAAUGAACGAAGUGAUAUUCAACAAACAGCACAAGAAUUAUUAAGAGCUGUUUUUCAAAAUAUUCAAAAGAACUUUCAUGAUGAUCUUGUUUCACUUCAUCAAGCUAAAGCUAAAGCAGCUGCUUGUUAUUAUGUGGCAUAUACAGAUACAAAUGACAAAGAUAAAUCUAUGUUAAGUUUUCCAUGGUUAUUUGCUUCUCAACUUCUUGCCGAUUAUUCUGUUAUUUCGGAAGAUGAACAACAAACAAAUGAUUUUAUGGAAAAUACAUUCAUUUCUGAUUCAAUCUUGAAUGAUUACCUCAAACAACAAUUGUCAUCAUUAAUAAAUCUACUUCCAAAUGAUAACCAAUUCACAUUUAUGGAACUUUUAGAGAUAUGCUUUCAAAAUGCAUGUGCCACGAACAAUGAAAAAAUGAUUAACCAUGCUGAAAUGCUUAUUGAACUAUUAAUUAAAACUGCAAAAACUAUACAUUCGAACUAA